CGUCGAAAUAAUUGAAAAAUCCCGCCGGCAGCUUCCUCCGCCGCGGCGAACAUGGCCGCUCGCCGCGCUGCAGAGAUCCGGCAACGUCCGCCAAGACACACCUAACCUCCUCUCGUCCUGACAGCCGACAUCGGCCGAUUUUCUCUCGGCGAUAUCCUCUUGAAACUCGCCGAAUCCUCGGGAAAUUCAUCCUCCUUCCUGAUUUGCACGGCUCGAUCGGCGACCCCGCGAACCUGCAAGAAAAAAUCACCCAACGUAGCCGGCAUUCCAUCCUCGCUCUUUCGAAAUCAGGCACACCGUCGUACGGUCGAGGAAAAGAGCGAGACAAAGCGCUCGUCGGCGGCGGCUCGAUCAGCUUACACGUCAUCAUCGGCGGCGUCGCGGGCCGGCGACGAAUCAUCGACGCGCGCUCCCGACAAGGACGGAUUGCGUGCGCUCCGCGGCAGAAACUGUAGCGCGAGAGAGACGAGGAGAGAAGAGGCAGCAGCGCCGCCCUCGCGACCGCGGCUUUCGAUUGUUGGCGGGCGCCGCCAUUUUGCGCUCUCCCGAGAGAGAGAGCGCGCGCUAUACCAUAGUCGAGCCGAGAAAGAGCGAGAGAGAAGCUACAACGUCGCGCCGCCGCAGAGAGAGAGAGAGUGAGAGAGAGAGAUAGAGCCCGAGUCCAGAGAGAGUAGAGAGAGAACCGAGCCGCCGCCGUCCAUAUAGAUCGUCGCAGUAUCAGAGCCUGAGCUCCCGAGUGCGCGUUCGCAGUCCGUGUAGAAAGGUUGCUGGCCUCCCCGAGGAAGACAGGAUCGUCGCCGCUGCCUCUCCUCGUGCGUGCGUGAGAAUAGCUACAGCAGCGACGCGCCCGAGAGAAAGAGCGAGAGACAGAGACAGCGCUAGCGGAGAGUGUAUGGGCAGAGACACCUCUCUCUGAGAAGCAGCAGCAGCAGCAGCAGCAGCAGCAGCGGCAGCAGUAGCAGCAGCAGCAGUAGUAGCACGACGGUUCCCCCUAGCCGGAGUCUGUAAAGUGUGCGUGCCAGUGCCCCGAGAGCCGCAGCCACAGGAGCCAGUCCCGCGCUCGUCCUUGUGUGUGAUCAAGAAAGAAGCCGACUACAAGCGUCGCCAGGAUGACCGAGAGGGAGGACAACGUUUACAAGGCCAAGCUCGCCGAGCAGGCCGAACGCUACGACGAGAUGGUCGAGGCCAUGAAGAAGGUCGCCUCGCUGGACAUCGAGCUCACAGUGGAGGAGAGGAACCUUCUGUCGGUGGCGUACAAAAACGUGAUCGGCGCCAGGAGAGCCUCCUGGAGAAUCAUCAGCAGCAUCGAGCAGAAGGAGGAGACCAAGGGAGCCGAGGAGAAGCUCGAGAUGAUCCGCCAGUACCGGUCCCAGGUUGAGAAGGAACUCAAGGACAUCUGCGCGGACAUCCUCGGCGUUCUCGAGAAGCAUCUCAUCCCCUGCGCGUCCACCGGAGAGUCUAAAGUUUUUUACUACAAAAUGAAGGGAGACUACCAUCGCUACUUGGCCGAGUUCGCGAUCGGCAACGACAGAAAGGAGGCGGCGGAGAACUCGCUCGUGGCGUACAAAGCGGCAAGCGACAUUGCCAUGACAGACUUGCCCCCGACCCACCCGAUUCGUCUAGGAUUAGCGCUCAAUUUCUCGGUGUUCUACUAUGAAAUCCUCAACAGUCCCGACAGGGCGUGCCGCCUUGCAAAGGCUGCCUUCGACGAUGCCAUCGCGGAACUGGACACCCUGUCCGAGGAGAGUUACAAAGAUUCCACCCUCAUCAUGCAGCUGCUCAGGGACAAUCUCACCUUAUGGACUUCGGACAUGCAGGGCGACGAAAACGAAACCGAGCCACCCAACGACCAAGGAAACGCAUCCACAGACAUUGCCGACAAUGUCAAUCCUUAAGCCCCAUCCCUAACUCCUACUGCCAAUGAAAACGCGAAAAAAUCCUCAGGUGAAGGCGAGCAAAAAGAACAGCUGCAGGAUGUGGAAGAUCAGGAUGUAUCGUAACUCUAGUUGCAGUGAGUGUUAAAUGCGCAUACAAAUGAGACAAGAAAAAAAAAACUCUUAAUAAUUAUUAAGCAAAAGAAAAAUCAGUUCAGCAGAAAGGAGGUUGGGGUGGGAGGGGAAGGUCUUUAGCAAUUUGCGUGACCCUAUGUACGCACGUACGGUUACUCCAAAAUCAUCCAAUCACACAUGUUGAGUUACGGAGCACGCAGAAAUGAAACAAAAAAAAACGAAACUAAUGUAAAUGACACGCACCCUGCGAUAUAGUGAGAUUGCAAGCAUUUAUAAGCGCGGCAAUUUUUUCGUAUUGCCGAAUCGCGCAGUGAAAAACAAAAAAUACCAACAUUCGAGCUCUCAAGUGUUGUCCUUGCAUAGUGUAUGCCUGGAUUCAAAUUCCGUAGUAGCUGCAUCUUUUCUUUAUGAGGCGUGGACUCUGCACACAAACAAUUCCUACUCUUCCGGCCGGAUUGCGAAAAAGUGGAGGAGACACCCUGUCAGGUGCACUGCACGAAAUUUCAAUGGCAUAUGUUCAUAGGUACCGAUGUCGUCUCACUUUUUUUCUCCCUAGGACUUACUCAACGAUAUGCAUUGUAACAAGUGACUCGUUUAUAUAAACCAAUCAAAAUUUUGAUUUGAAGUAUAUUGCAACACCGUAAGAGUUGACCACAGACUCUGCGCUUGGUUUACUCUUACUGUAAAAACUUUGUCCUUGCCCAUUUUUGUUUUUUUUUUUUAUUAUUAUGCGCGUACAAGCUUAUCUUAUAUAUUUCAGCAAUGAUAUUUACCGAUAUUUACCAAUUAUACGGAUAAAUGUUUGAUCUAAAUACAUUUAAUUUUGUAAUUACGCGUCAUUUUAUUUCAUAACCGCUACAUCCCACGCCAAAAAGCUUCUAGAAAGAUGGAUGAAUUUGCAAUGUUUUAUGAAUAAUAAAGUCUUGAAACUCGUAACGAUUUUAACAUACUAUCUUUCAAUUUUUUUUUUGUCAUUUAAACGAUUGUUCAGGUGACCGUACCAAUUGAACAAUUAUCGCACGUAUGCAUGCAUUCAGGAUGAGAAUAUUGGAAUGUAGCUGAAACUUUGCGACAAAAGACUUUCCUAGGAAUUCUCGCGGAAGCGUAUUAAUUCAAGAAUCAUAGUAGACUGAAGAAUUUGAGCUGCGAAAUCAGCUUAGCGAAUCGUUUUACUGUUCUUUCACUGCUUUCAGAAAGCCUGAAAAAAUUGUGCUGGUUGUUUCGAACGCCAAGAAAUUAUAACAAGAAAAAAGCAACAAAAAAAUAUAAUAUGAAAGAUGAAUAAAUUUCCGUAUAGCGUUGAUAUUCGUAUUAAACGUCUAGCUAAGUAGCUGAUCUCUUCCGCGAAUGUACGUUUGCAUACGUCCCUUAUUUCAACUGUAUGGAUAUAGUUAUGAUAUGAGAAAUGACAGAAUAAAUGGUUCUCUGUACUCUGAUUUGUCAAUGUUUUUAAUCUGCAUUUAUUUUAUUUUUCUAUCAUUAGUGAAGUUUCAUGCGUAGUCUUUAUUCACUAUAAUCUAAAGAAAGCUAAUAAUCAGACAAUGAGUUUAUCGAUGGCAAUACUGUAGAUCAAUCUAAAAAGCUCGAAACGGAUGUCAAUCUUUUCAUCGACAAGUCUUGUACCUUUCGCACGAUGAAAGAAAAUAAAAACUAUAAAUUCAACAAAACCUUUGUUUAAUAUAUAAAGCAAAAAAGGAUAUGGGGGUUCACUACAAAAAUAAAAAUUAAAAAACAAGUAAAGGAAUUUUGAACUUGGCGUAGGCGUGCAAGGCGAAGCAUAAAAAAGUUUUUGGUAAUAAUCGAGAUGCGGAGGGGCAGUAAUGAUGAAAACCGAUGUAUUGCGUGACCCCGCAAGUAUUAUAUCAGUAAUAUUGCGUAAAAACUAUAUAAAAAAAAGAAUAACAUUAAAGUAAUUAUUGAUAAUGCUAAGUAAGAUUAUUGAUAUUUUUAAUUGUGUAAGGAGUCAAGCAAAAUAAUUAAGGUAAACUUUUGCAAUAGAAAAAAAAAAGAAGUAAGGAAGAACAAGAGAAGAAACAGCAGUUACUGUAAAAUUACACGUGAGAAGCGCAUGUCAUGCGUGUGAUCAAAGCGAAUAAUAAAAGAAAACUUGAUGCUAAAGUGAAAUAAAAAAAUCUUCAAAAGCAAAUAAAAAUGAGAGAGUGUGUUCGCGACCAUAAAUGUAGAUAACGUCAACGCGCUUCGCGAAAAUCGUUCGAUCGACGAAAAAUUAGAAGAAAAUCGAAACAGUGAUCUUUCAUAUUUUGGAUCCGCAUGCAUAUGCUCUGUAUUAGAGUUAAUACAAUACACCGAAUAUAACUUUUACUGUAAAGCCACACGUGGAAGCUGAAAAUAAAGUGAUUACAACUGUC